AUGGCUGAUGUAAAAAGGACUGGAGGGAGUGGAAAGCGGAAAAAUGUGCAGGUGGCCGUGCGAGUAAGGUUAGUUAAGGUUUUAAGCUUUGAAUUUCUGCCGGUUUAUGAUACCAGCUGCAGGCAACACGACAUUUACACAGCGCUUGUGAAACCUUUAAUACCUCAGCUUCUUCUCGGUUACAAUGCCACAAUUUUUGCUUACGGUCAAACUGGUACAGGAAAAACUUUCACAAUGGCGGGUGAGCCAGAUCCAAGCCACAGCGGAGGUUGGCAAGACGACCCUGGUAUGGGAAUCAUACCUCGAGCCUUGCAACAACUUUUCGAGGAACUUGAAGCCCAAGAGGCUGAAGAAUACUCAGUGCGUGCUUCUUACGUUGAACUGUACAAUGAAGAGCUCUUCGAUCUUUUGGCUAGGCCAGGGUCGGAAAACCAACGUCUACGGAUUUUUGACGAUAAUACUCGCAAAGGUUCAGUUAUAAUCAGUGGCGUAGAAGACAUAUCAGUACAGAGUAGUGAAGAUGUCUAUGAAAUCCUUCGGAAAGGAGCUGAAAAGCGUAAAACAGCAGCAACGCUAAUGAAUAUGACUUCAAGUCGGUCACAUUCAGUUUUCACUGUAACUGUUGUUACUCGAGAAGGAAAACUUCCCGGAGAAGACUUGAUGAAAACUGGAAAGCUCCAUCUAGUGGACCUGGCAGGAUCAGAAAACAUUGGUCGAUCUGGUGCCAUAGAACAGCGAGCCCGAGAGGCUGGAAACAUUAACCAGUCGCUGCUUACUUUGGGAAGGGUGAUUACUGCGUUGACAUCGGGAGCUGCUCAUGUGCCUUAUAGAGAAAGCAAACUUACUCGGAUUCUACAAGAUUCUCUUGGUGGAAGGACUAUUACUACAAUAAUAGCGACCUUGUCCCCGUCAUCAACGAAUACUGAGGAAUCAAUAAAUACUUUGGAGUAUGCUUCCAGAGCGAAGAACAUUAAAAAUCAUCCAGAGGCAAAUCAAACUUUGUCUCGUCGGGCUCUCCUAAAAGCUUAUAACGACGAAGUGGAGCGGCUGAAGCGAGAUCUUCAGGCUGCGCGAGAGAAGAACGGCGUUUUUAUUGAUAGGGAUAACUUUGAGUACUUGAUGAAUGAUGUCGCUAUCAUGGAUGAGCAAUACAGUAGACUGUAUGAACGCAGUUCAAAGCUUGAAGCAAAAUUGAAAGCUCGCUUAAGCGAGAUAGAGCAGUUGAACUUAGUAAGCAAUUUUUUUUUUCUCUUCUUAUUUUAG